AUGACGGAGCUGAGUGUGAUGAAGCGGAGCGCGCCGUUGAGUUCACUGUGCUGUGGGCUUGAGAAUGGCGGCGCUGUUCGCUGGGUUUCCCCUUUAAGCGCUCCACUGGACACUUUCUCACAGAAACGCGAGGAGGAGCUGGACGGCUGCACGGAGGAGGCUGACGGACGGGCUGCUGGAGCCGGGAUUAAUGCAGGGAAAGCGCCUGUGGAAAGCCAGUCAGAGCUUGAGGAGCGCGGCUGUGAGGAGCUCCUGAACCCCGAGCUGGAGACGGAGACCUACGAGCUGCUGAGGCAGUUGUUCCGCUCUCACACGGGCCUUCCGGUGGAACACAGGCGGAAUAAAGCGCACUCAGCACUGCCGAGUCUGCAGAGAGUGGUGGGGAAAACCAUCUACCGCCACCGCAUCGCAUACACCGGCAUGGUACGGCAGCUGUUCGACGAGAACAAUAGUCUGGAUGGUGUGGGCUCCGUAUUGAGUGGUGUGUUUGACGAUGGCGUGAUUUCUUGGGGACGCAUCGCAAGUGUUCUGGCUCUAGGUGCUGUGGUGUGCGAGCGGCUGAAGCAGGACUGUGUGAAGGAGCAAGUUGAGGAGUGUGUGGACAUUGUUGCCUUACAAAUCUCCUCCUACCUCACUACAGACCUGCAGCACUGGUUCAUCAACAACAACGGCUGGGAUGGUUUUGUGGAGUACUUUUAUGUCGAGGAUCCCGAGUCCACAGUUUGGAAGGCACUAAUGGCAGUGGCCGGAUUCGGAAUAGGGGCAUGUCUCUUAAUGCUGAUGCGAUGA